CUCAACAGAGGCAUACAUUCACUGGUGUUAAACAGUUACCGCCUUUAAACGCGACGCAAGGGGUUCAAGCGAUGAGAUCCCUAAAUUUAUUGCUUUUGGGCGCCAGCUGCGCGCUUAUCGUAAGCCUCACAUUUGCGCACCCGCCCGAGGGUGUGUGGAAGAAGAAACUCACAUGGAAAGAGGACUGGGUGCAGGUGUGGAAGACCAUAAAAAAAGAGGCCUGGGAAACCAAAUGGAAGAAGAUACAAGUGCCCAUCUGGAAGGAGGUGCAGGUGCCCAUUUGGAAGGAGGUACAAGUGCCCGAUUGGAAGAUCGUCAAGAAGCCACACAUUGAGGAGCGUGAAGUGCCCGCUUGGAAGGAGGAAAAAGUGCCGGAAUGGAAGAAGAUCACAAAACCUAUUUGGAAAGAAAUACAAGUGCCCAUCUGGCGCGAGAUCCAAGUGCCCGUUUGGAAGGAAAUCAAGGUGCCAGUGUGGCGCGAAAUAAAAGUACCGGUCUGGAAGGAAAUACAAGUGCCCAUUUGGCGUGACAUACAAGUGCCGGUGUGGCGCGAAGUGCAAGUGCCCGAAUGGAAGCAAAUGUUCGUGCCCGAAUGGGUUAAGAUGGGCAUACCCGGCGAAAAGUACUUGGGUAAGGAUCACGAAGGUUGGGAGUACACCAGUCACGAUUUGUGGCGCAAAAAGCUCAUCUGGAAGCCCGUCUGGAAGAAGGUGUGGCGCACCGAGAAGAAGCAGGAAUGGAAGACGGAAAAGAAACAAGAAUGGAAAACCGAAAAGGUGCAGGAGUGGAAGAUCGAAAAGAAACAAGAAUGGGAAACAAAGAAGGUGCAAGAAUGGAAGACAGAGAAACAGCAAGCCUGGAAGCCGGAAAAGAAGUUGGAAUGGAAAAUCGAAUGGGUGCAAAUCUGGAAGCCAGUGAAGAAACAAAUCUGGGUAAAGGAGAAACGCGAAACAUGGGUGGAGGAGAAAGUGCAAAUCUGGCGUACGGAGAAGAAACAAGCGUGGGCCACCGAAAAGAAGCAGGCGUGGAAGGACGAAUGGAAGGCCAUACAAGUGCCCGUGUGGAAGGAGGUUAAAGUGCAGGAAUGGAAGCGCGUCUGGAAACCCGUCUGGGAGAAGGUGUGGGUGCCAGCCAGCCAUGGCUGGGACUGAGCGCGUUACAACGAGACCUGAGCACUAGCAAACCCCCCCCUAAUUGUUAUUAAGCGUAUGCGUAUGCAUUAAGGCACACGCUCAAGCAAAGAAAGUGUGCGAAUGUGGGCGUGGCGCGUGCGUACAACAAAUACACCCUGACUGACUAGAUGAUUGUUAAGCAAAUGUACGCCUCAGCUGUUCGUUGCACUCCAGCGUUGUAUGUAAAUAUUCACUAGAUCCUCUCCUUCUAACAGCCUAUGCCUCAGCUGUGCUUUAAACGUCCACACAAAGCACCCGAGCGCCACCAACGCGCUUUUGUAUAUAUGUAGAAGCGUGCCCAGCUGUUGAACAUCAAAUCUUCGCGCGUUUAUUUUUGCACCACUUUGUUUUGUUUGAGUUUCUUGUUUCGAAUUUAUAUUUUAUUUCUCUCCUCCGCUCCAUUAUCACCAUUUCCAACGUGUACAAAUUAGUCAUGAUGCUAUACAUCACUCUAUUAACACUAUUUUAUAUACAUACAUACAUUUUUACAUGCAUACAUUUAAAAACUUUUUUGUUUUGUAUUUUCUGUUAUUUUUAGUUUUAUUUUGUUUUGAAAUUGAGCGAUAUUUUUACACGAUUUGAGUGCUGCGCGUUUAAUAAGACCGUUCGGAAUUUUUUUUUGUUACUCAUCAUACUUCAUUUAAAGGUCUAAUUGUGCGUAAGUGUUAUGUUAUAAUUUUUGUUUUUAGGUUUUAGACAAAAAUUUAAAACUAAAAAUUAAUUUUUAUAUA